UCAGCCAGGGAAGCAGAGUCCUAUAAGCGAUAUAGAUUAAGGCUUUUGCUAUGGGAUGAAAGUUACACAGUUGUGGGAACUGUUUAAGCAUUCUCUCUAUGGUUGCUGCUCUGGAGUCUGGUAUUAAGAGGCUGAAAUCUGCAGGGCCAUCCGGUUAGGAAGGAAAGAUGAAUGUGAAGUGGGAGAGAGCAGGACACAUUGGAAUAAUCUCUGAGGACAAACUGGAACUCACAUCUAUCUCUCGCUGCUUUCCAGCCUCUGAGGUGGGUGACGUGCAGGGUAAGCUGAUGCCCUUCAUUGUAGAGGUACACAGUCCCCUGGACCAGGAUUCAACGCAGCUGAAGUAGGUGAUACCGUGGGAGCUGAAGGAACUGUGAAAGCCGGGCUGCGUCUCCAUGCCCACAAGACAUGCCAGCAGAUCAUCUAUGUCAGGCCAUACAUCUGUGGAUGGAUAUACUGAACCCCAUAUCCAGCCGACCAAAUCAAGUAGCAGACAGAACAUCCCUCGGUGUAGAAACUCCAUUACGUCAGCAACAGACGAACAGCCUCACAUUGGAAAUUACCGUUUACAAAAAACAAUAGGGAAGGGAAAUUUUGCCAAAGUGAAAUUGGCAAGACAUGUUCUAACUAGUAGAGAGGUUGCUGUGAAAAUAAUAGAUAAAACUCAGCUAAAUCCUACCAGUCUACAAAAGUUGUUUCGAGAAGUACGAAUAAUGAAGAUAUUGAAUCACCCUAACAUAGUAAAAUUGUUUGAAGUUAUUGAAACAGAGAAGACCCUCUAUUUAGUCAUGGAAUACGCAAGUGGAGGUGAAGUAUUUGAUUACUUAGUUGCCCAUGGAAGAAUGAAAGAAAAAGAGGCCCGUGCAAAAUUUAGGCAGAUUGUAUCUGCUGUACAGUAUUGUCAUCAAAAGUGCAUUGUUCACCGUGAUCUUAAGGCUGAAAACCUUCUCCUUGAUGCUGAUAUGAAUAUUAAAAUUGCUGACUUUGGUUUUAGUAAUGAAUUUACAGUCGGGAGCAAGUUGGACACAUUUUGUGGAAGCCCGCCUUACGCUGCUCCUGAGCUUUUCCAAGGGAAGAAGUACGACGGGCCUGAAGUGGACGUGUGGAGUCUCGGCGUCAUUCUCUACACGUUAGUCAGUGGCUCCUUGCCUUUUGAUGGCCAGAAUUUAAAGGAACUGCGGGAGCGAGUCUUACGAGGGAAGUACCGUAUUCCCUUCUAUAUGUCCACCGACUGUGAAAACCUCCUGAAGAAAUUAUUAGUGCUGAAUCCAAUCAAGAGAGGCAGCUUGGAACAAAUAAUGAAAGAUCGAUGGAUGAAUGUUGGUCAUGAAGAAGAAGAACUAAAGCCAUAUGCCGAGCCUGAACCAGAUUUCAAUGACACAAAAAGAAUAGACAUCAUGGUCACCAUGGGUUUUGCACGAGAUGAGAUAAAUGAUGCCUUAAUAAAUCAGAAGUAUGAUGAAGUCAUGGCUACUUAUAUUCUUCUAGGUAGAAAACCACCUGAAUUUGAAGGUGGUGAAUCAUUAUCCAGUGGAAACUUGUGUCAGAGGUCACGACCCAACAGUGACUUAAACAACAGCACUCUGCAGUCCCCUGCUCACCUGAAGGUCCAGCGGAGCAUCUCAGCAAAUCAGAAGCAACGACGCUUUAGUGAUCAUGCUGGUCCAUCCAUUCCCCCUGCCGUAUCAUAUACCAAAAGGCCUCAGGCUAACAGUGUGGAAAGUGAACAGAAAGAGGAGUGGGACAAAGAUGUGGCUCGUAAACUUGGCAGCACAACAGUUGGUUCAAAAAGUGAGAUGACUACAAGCCCUCUUGUAGGGCCAGAAAGGAAAAAGUCUUCAACUAUUCCCAGUAACAAUGUGUAUCCUGGAGGUAGCAUGGCAAGAAGGAAUACAUACGUCUGUGAAAGAACCACAGAUCGAUACACAGCAUUGCAGAAUGGAAAAGACAGCAGCCUCACGGAGAUGUCCGCGAGCAGCAUAUCUUCUGCAGGCUCCGCCGUGGCUUCUGUCCCCUCAGCGCGACCCCGCCACCAGAAAUCCAUGUCCGCUUCUGGUCAUCCUAUUAAAGUUACACUGCCGACCAUUAAAGACAGCUCUGAAGCUUACAGACCCGGCAGCACAGCACAGCGCGCGCCUGCUGCUUCCCCGUCCGCUUACAGUAUUAGCGCCGCCACCCCUGACCGGACCCGCUUCCCCCGGGGCAGCUCCAGCCGCAGCACCUUCCACGGGGAGCAGCUCCGCGAGCGCCGCGGCGCUGCCUACAACGGGCCGCCCGCUUCCCCCUCGCAUGAAACGGGGGCAUUUGCACAUGCCAGGAGGGGCACGUCAACUGGUAUCAUAAGCAAAAUAACGUCCAAAUUCGUCCGCAGGGAUCCAAGUGAAGGCGAAGCCAGUGGCAGAGCCGACACUUCAAGAAGUACAACAGGGGAACCGAAAGAAAGAGACAAGGAGGAGGGUAAAGAUUCCAAGCCACGUUCUCUGCGGUUCACGUGGAGCAUGAAGACCACGAGUUCCAUGGACCCCGGUGACAUGAUGAGAGAAAUCCGGAAAGUGCUAGAUGCAAAUAACUGUGAUUACGAACAGAAAGAGCGGUUUUUGCUUUUCUGUGUCCACGGAGAUGCCAGGCAGGACAGCCUGGUGCAGUGGGAGAUGGAGGUCUGCAAGUUGCCACGGCUGUCCCUCAACGGGGUCCGCUUCAAGCGAAUAUCCGGGACUUCUAUUGCCUUUAAGAACAUUGCGUCUAAAAUAGCAAAUGAGCUUAAGCUGUAAAGAAACUCAAAUUUACAGGAUCAGGGAAGAUGCAUCCAUGUAUGAGGUACAGUUUUUGAAUGUACUGGCAGUGCUUAAUGUGAUUGGCCUGUGAAUCUCCUCAUGUCGAUUUUGCCCUUACUGCAAUAAGGUUAUACAUAGUUAUGAACUGUAAAAUUAAAGUCAGUAUGAACUAUAAUAAAUAUCUGUAGCUAAAAAAGUAGGUUCACAUGUACAGGUAAGUAUAUUGUGUAUUUCUGUUCAUUUUCUGUUUAUAGAGUUGUAUAAUAAAACAGAUGAUUGCCUA